ACGUUUUGAUUUCAUUGUCUAGCGAGGGGAUUGGUAAAGAAAUCUGCUGAAUUCGAGGGCUUCGUUGAUUUCCAUACUCUACCAAAGCUCUGCGGGGUCUGACCUGGAGUGAGCAGAACGUGUGUGUUUCAACAUCCCUCCAAACACAGCGUAAGAGCAGCUAAACGUGUCGCGAUGGCUGGAUGCUGGUGAGAAUAGACGGUGUGUUUCUGCUGUAUGCUGAGAUUAACAGUAGCUGAAGCUGAUUCCUGGGGUCUCUCAGCGCAUCCAUCAGAGGGAUGGAAAAAUGGCUGGAAAAGAGGAGCAUUCACACUAUGAACCUGCGGUCUGUAUUCACCGCCGAGCAGCAGCGGAUCCUGGAGCGCUAUUAUGAGAGCGGCAUGACCAAUCAGAGCAAGAGCUGCUUCCAGCUCAUCCUGCAGUGUGCUCAAGAGACCAAACUCGACUUCAGCGUGGUUAGAACAUGGGUAGGGAACAAGCGUCGGAAGCUGGCGUCUAAGGCCGAUCAGAACGGCGCUGCUGCUCACGCUGUGUCCCAUCAGCAUGUUUCUUGUGCAUCUGCCGGCUCGGUGCUGAUGGCUGAGAUGGGGGCCAUGCGGAGCAUUCAGCGUGGCCCCCCGGUGACCCACCUCCUCCCUCCGCAGGCCUCGUCCUCCUCAUCCUCCUCUUCUCCAUCAUCUUCCUCCCCGCUCAGCGACGUGAUUCUGACAGGCAUUUACGCCAGCUGCUUCAAUGCUGCUACUCACAAUAGGACAGGGAUGAAAUCAUUGCCCACACACUCAGAAAUAGAGCCGGCCGCUCACGAUUCUGCGAACGCAGCAAUGCAUCGCACCGCCAUCGCAGCCGGCAUGCAUCGGAGAGCCCCCAUCAUCCCCGGCUCCAGUGCGCUCAAGUGCAGCCAGACGCUCAAACCCUUCACCUCCAGAGACUCCGCCGGAAUCGCUCCCAGUUGGGCCGAACAGUGCAGAACCUCCCAGCGUCCUUCAUGGCCUCAGACGUUCCCACAGAAACCAGCCCCGGCACAAGGCGGCCCCGCAGACGCUCAGAUUCAGCAUGUUUUCACCCGGUCAGACCCGGCGGGGAGGAAGACGAGGCCGGUCGAGGCGUCGGAGGUGUUCUCGAUCGCGAUGGAGACGGCUGACGCUGAUGACGAGUACGCCAGAGAAGAGGAGCUGGCUAACAUGGCGCAGCAGAUGCAGUGUGGUAAAGGCUGUGUGGAUGGUGGGCGGAGCUCCAGCACAGCUUCCUCUUCCUUGAUUGACAGCCCGGGACUCACCUGUGCGCUCAACCCCUCAAACUCUGCUCUCUUUGGAGAGAAAGGAAGUCAAACCAGCAGCUCCUCACUGAGCAGAACAUCCUCCCCCAGCAGCUUCCCAUUAAAACUGCUCUCGCUGACAUCUUCUAGAAUCCCCUGUCUCAAGGUGACGAGUAACAUGUCGGCUCCCUGGCUUCACAGUAACUCGCGGAAAAGAACGCUGCAGGACAGGACGCAGUUUAGCGACAGAGACCUGUACACGCUGAAGCGCUACUGGGAUAAAGGCAUGACCAGCCUGGGCUCUCUGUGCAAAGAGAAGAUCUCAGCGGCAGCCAGUGAACUCAGUGUGGACACUGAAAUCAUCAAGAUCUAA